AAAGCGUCCAUUCUGCCAUCAACACACAAGACGCGAAGAACUGUAGAAGAAUAUCUCGCGAGAUUUGCAGGAAGGAAAUACUCGGUGCAAACAUGUCUGAGAAUGAGCUGGGUCAGAAGUGGGAUCGCUGUCUCGCCAACACCGCUGUCAAACUGGGGGCGGGCCUCGGACUGGGCAUCGUGUUCUCGGUCGUCUUCUUCAAACGCCGCACGUGGCCAAUAGCUUUCGGCACGGGGGGCGGACUGGGCAUGGCGUACUCCAACUGCCAGCACGACCUGAGGUCGCCAUACCUGCUGCAUGGUCACAUGAUCAAGGAUCAGUAGUGCAGUUUCUUGAAGGAAGCGUCUCUUCUUCUCUCUCUCCCUGACCCUGAUUUGUUUGCACAGUCCUGUCUGUCUGUGUGUCCUGUGGACUGCAGUUUCCUGCCCAUGUACUGAUUGUCGUUCCCGCCGCCCCCAAACAGAACAGUCUGUGUUUAUUUAAUAAAACAACCCAAGUGUA